AAAGUUUGAGGAGAGGAAGGAUAUUAUUCGGGCCAGCCGGGGAAAAGUCCGCUCGGCCGCGCAUGGAGAAUCCGCCGCCUAGGCCGAGGGAGGCAAGCGCUGUUAACCACUACAGGGGGGUUCGGAUGAGGAAGUGGGGGAAAUGGGUGGCCGAGGUGCGGCUGCCCAACAGCCGGGAGAGGAUAUGGCUGGGGUCUUAUGACACCGCCGAGAAGGCGGCCCGCGCCUACGACGCCGCCUCGUAUUGCCUACGCGGCACCCAGGCCGUCGUCAACUUCCCCGCUGACCCGCCCGACAUCCCUUCCCCUGGCCGGCUCACCAGAGACGAAAUCCGGGCGGCGGCCUCCAGGCAUGCACACGAGGCUCCUCGAGCCCGGCCAGAGGGCGAUGCGGGACCGAGCAAUGCGAGGCAGGCGGCUGAGGACGUGGUGAUGUCAAUGCCACAGGAACUAUUUUCGCCGCAGUUUUAUUACUUGCCACUGGGAAAUACUGGUGAUCACUAUCAUGGCGGUGCUGGAAAUGAUCAUGACGACGACGAUGGCGGCAAUGAUGAUGUCGGCGGAUCUUCGUACCUUUGGAGUUUUUGACUCGUUAAGUUUUUUCUGUUUCUGAGUCACUUAAACGAGUGGGGACCUAAGUGAGUUAAGAAGGUUCCACCGUCUCGCAUGCAUGCAUCCUGUGAGGGCAUGGGAUGUGGGUUUUAAACGUUUUCAAGCGUGGCGGCCGGUCGGUCCUUGCAACUGGCAGGAGCUGCAAAAGACUUUUAGGAUUAUUGAAACAAUGUCGGCAAGAUAUAUCUUCUUAAUUGUACUUAUGCUAGAGCUAUAUGAAACUGCUGUUGCUGUUAAAUAUAUAUUUAAAAAAAACAAU